UGGUGGACUAUCUCUACUAAAUUUACGUGCUUACUUGCUCCGUUAAGCUAGUGCGACAAUCGAAAUCAAACUUCUGUUUUCACCAUAUUGAUCGUUGAACUUUCCUUUAAAAUAUUAUUGUUUUACAAUCCUUAACCUUGCUUUUUUUUUCAUUUUAUUAUUUUAUUAUUUGCUCACUUCGUGUUGUGAUUAAAUGGGUUCCUUGCAUGUUGCUUCGUUUUUUGAGAAAUUACUUCGCCUACCGUCCUUACUCGAUGAUAUAUGUAUUAAACCUCCUUAAAUUUAAAGAGGUUUAAUACAGGAGGCUCUACUUAUUGUGUCCAGGGCCUUAGGUGUUUUUCAGUUUGUACGGUGUCUUCGAAGCCUUAUAGGCAAGUUUGUUUACUGAUCAAAAUGUGUUAAAGUUAACUUGAACACAGGUUAACUCGAACUUUUAUUAACUCGAACCAUUAAAACCUCAGGUAACCUCAGGUAACUCGAACAUUUGUUUUCUACGCGUCAAGUACUGUACUCCAAGACAUGAAAGGUGCUGAUGAAGACUUCUUACGCUUUGAAGUAUUUGUAAAACCUUGUUCCAAGGACAUUUUGCCUCUUUGACUAUUCUGAUUGCCCUAUAAACAACAGAUGAGGUGCCAAAAGACCCUGGAGACAAGGACAAUAUUGAUAGCAUAUUGUCUAAAAAUGAAAUUGCCUUAACUCGAAAUAGUAUCUCAUUUUGACUCGCCUAACCCUAGUCGCUUGGAGACUCGUGAAAUGUUUAAAAUAUAUACAGGAAGGAUAAUCCUACAACAUUGUGUUUUAAUUGUUUUUCUCCAUCUUACUUCCUGCAUACUUCUUAAACAUACGAGGGAGUUGAUGACGUGACAUGAAAAGUCGAAUUGUUUUGUCGUGUGACGUAUGUUCCGCAAUUUCAGUUUUAAUUAAACGACGCAAUCAUUUUUUUUAAUUACAUUCACAUGAUGUUUUUCUUGUGAAUUCGAUAUUAAAUAUAUAAGAUCCCACAGUUUUAAUAAUAUAAACAACUGACAAUAGGACGGUUAAAGCCGUAUGAACUUUCGUUCUUGUUAUAAUGUAUUGAUGUAGUGUUGUUGCUGCUGAAGGGAUUUGCUGCAGAAACUUGUUGAGAAACGCUGUUAUUUUGUUUUUUGUUGUCGUCUACUGCGUAGAAAUCUUUUCUUUUGUAAUUCUUGUUGUUUUUCGUUGGCGUCGUCGUCGUUGUUGUUGUUGUUGUUGUUGUUGUGAUGAUUAUAUUUAUUAAGUAAACAAUUUGUCAUUUAAAUUUACUGACUUUAGAAUUAUUAAAGAAGAAAGAAAAAAAUGCAUCCACAUUUACCAAACCCUCCUUUGUUUUCAACAAAACGCAUUUCAACCGCCGAAUACAUGGCAAGACGUCCUUUGCCUCCAACAUUGGAUGAGAGAGAUCUGAUACAGCAUUGUGAACCACCACCCCGACCUCCACAACCUUGUUCAUUAAAUAAGGUGAAAAAACUACGAGACAACGUUGGGAGAAACAUGGUUCGUAAAGAACCAGUAGUAAGCUAUGAUCAUGAACCAGCUUUACCGGAUCAAGUUAACCGAUGUAGCAACAGUGUUGUGGGAAACGUAGUUCGACAAAAAUCAGAAGUAGAAUUUAGAUCAGUGUAUGAUUGUGAGCCAUGGUAUUUUGGAGAUAUAUCGCGAGUUGAUGCUGAACGAAUUCUUGAAACACAUGGAAAAGAUGGAGAUUAUCUUGUGAGAGAAAGUCGAAGGAUGGCCAAUUGUUAUACUUUAACCGUCAAAUAUUCCGACAGGGUGCUUCAUUUUCCCGUCGAUGUCAACAAGGACAAAGAGCUUACUAUUGGGAAAGUAACUUUUCCAAAUAUGAUGGACGUAAUAGCGUUUUAUAAAGUGAAUGCGUUAUGUCACUCGAACCAAAGAUGUGUGACACUCGGGGACUGUCUUUCAAAAACUUUCUACAAAAUACAAUGAACCUUGACAAUCCCAUUUUAAUGGUUGUAUCACGUAUGGUUAUGGACGUUUCAUUUGUUUUUUUGCUUUGCUGGUAAAGCUUAGUGUUAGCUUCAACCUUAACUUUAAAGCAAAUUUUCCCAACAGUCUGUGAAGUGUAAGACCUAUUUUAUAUCCUAAAAUUAUUUCUUUCCAUUCCUUCGAUUUUUACCGAGUUAGCAGUGAAACAGCGAGGGUCUUCUUUGUAAUGAAUUAAAUUUUUUUCCACAAAAUUUGCGGUUAUUUAGUUCAAACGUUUUUACAGCGCCAAAGGGUAAAAUUGUCGAUACAUAUUACAACAGCCUCAUUUCCAGAGUGUCUUUCCUUUUCAUUUAAACCAACCAGGGGAACUAGAAACGAGGUUGAAGGUUUUAGCUACAGCUUCACAAACAUAAUAGCUUUUAUAUUCUGUAGAUAUUAUAUAUAUUAUAACUCUAUUAUUUCUUACGAAUGUACUUUCACGAUUACAGAAACCAACUUAUGGUCCAGUUAGCUGACUAAUUUUUUACACUACUUUUUGUUGUUUACAAAUAUAUAUUUUAUUUAUUAUAAGUUAUGUUUGUAUUUAUUUGUAUAUUUUUAUAUAGUGUUUUGCAUUAGAAUGUUUUUAUUUGAUAUAAUACGAAUAGUUUUCCAUAGA